CAAUGCUUAGUGCUAUAAAUACUCCCAUCUUUGUGAAUAUUACUUGUAGUAUUCACAGCAGACUGUCCCAAUAAGUGAAUGUGUGAUAAUUUUUUUUGUGAUCAAAAUGUCUCUGAUAACUACUACCUAUUUUUUGGUAAUGUGGCUUUUAUUUGGCACACUACUGUCUCCCACUUUAAGUCAACAUUUCAGAACAGUCAGAAAUGUUCCUCCCUGCGUCGUAGAGUCUGGCCAAACGUUUUGCGAAAACGUAAAAGACUAUCCUUAUGACCAGAUUCUCGCAGCAAUCAAAAAGUCAAAUAUGAACAUUAAGGCCUUACUAGUAGACGAAUCUACGGCAGAUGGACCCAAUUUUGAAAAAAAUGUACCGGGAUCUUUUAAUUUAGGGUCUCAAACUUUUAUAGAUGAAGAAAAGAGCUUCGACAUGGAUUUUGGUAUACCACAUAUCAAAUCGGAAAAAAGUCCUACCGGCAAAAAUGGUCACACAUUCAAAAAAAUUUUCAGUCCUGUUAUCAACAGUUUAAAUUCGGACGAAAUCCUUUAUCCAUAUCCCAGAUCCAAAAGACAGUCUGGGCAAACAGCUGGUGAGCCCAUAUGCAAAUACACUAAGAAAUUUGUGUUUCCAAAAGUGGCCAUGUGUGCCAGAACGGGAGAAUGGAUGUUCAUAAUAAAUCUCACUGGGCAACAACUGACGCAGAUGAUUAGUACGGAAGUGUGCCAUCCAGGAGUAAAUGGUAGGCCCUGCGUGGAAUGCUCCUCAGAUUUGCCGCUUGGAUUCCAGUCUCGAUGCGAGCAGCAUUUUAACCAAAAGAGGCUGAUUGCUUUGUCUCCUAAUGGAACUGAGAUCAUGCAAGAAAAUUUCUGGUUACCCACCUGCUGUAUUUGCAGGACGUUUAAAAAGUCGGAAUAAGUUGUUACCGGAACUUUUUAAUUAAGAUGACUAUGACUUUGGUCGUAAAACUAAAUAAAAACAUUUUAAAUUAAUUAUUAAUUUACGAGAAAAUCGUAUAGUUCCUAUAAUGGAUAGAACAUUUUGUAUUAAAGGAUCUUUUUCUCAAGCACAUUUAGAGCUUAUACAAGCACACAAGUUGAUCCUGAGUUAAAUUUUUUUUUCACAAAAGUUUUAUGAUUUUUUGAGCUCCCUGUUAAAACAAAUGUAUACAGUUCUCUUUUUAUUUUUA